UAAACUACAGGAAUUUUGAAAUGAUAUAAAUUAUUUGAAAUUUUAUCUAAGAACAUCAUAUUUUAAUAUUGUAUGUCUUAUAUCUGAUAGCUUGAAGCAGCAAUUAAAUGUAUUCACGGGUACUUUUAUAUGUAUAGAAAUUUAAAUUUCUUCUAACAGGUCACUUAAAGGUUGUAAUUAUUUUUGUGCUUUUUUCAACAAAAAAUGGAAAUGGUAUAAAUAAAUACGUAGUUAUGACAUUGCUGAAAUACGGCCUCUUUGAAGGAAAUAAAAAUGCUAGAACUGCAAGGAAGAUGAAUAGUUAAUCCUGGAGGGAGGAGAAAAACUAGCUCAUUACUUUGACUAGAGGCAGCUGGGGAAGUGACGCCCUGUAGCAUUUGCUGUUCUAGAAAGUCCAGAGACACGUUAGUGAAAAUGGGAGGAUCUAGGAAAGAGGCCGUCUUCUGUGUAGUGUAUAUUUAUCUGUAAGUGAGCUGUUGGGCAAGGAAUUGAAUACGGGAGACUGUCUGCUAGCUUGCUGUUUUAAGACAGCAGAGCUAAAUUGCUGUUUUGCUUUAACUUUUAAAAUAUCCAGCUGGGUUUAAUUUCUUAGAAUUGUUGUAUUGCUAAGACUGGGGACGCUGUUUUCUUUUACAAAGGAAAAUCUAAGUUCAUUUCAAGGCAUUCGAAAUGGGGAAAGACUAUUAUUCCAUUUUGGGAAUUGAAAAAGGAGCUGCAGAUGAAGAUAUUAAAAAGGCUUACCGAAAACAAGCCCUCAGAUUUCAUCCGGACAAGAACAAAUCUCCUCAGGCAGAGGAAAAAUUUAAAGAGGUCGCAGAAGCUUACGAAGUAUUGAGUGAUCCUAAAAAGAGAGAGAUAUAUGAUCAGUUUGGGGAGGAAGGACUGAAAGGAGGAGCAGGGGGGACUGAUGGACAAGGAGGUACCUUCCGUUACACAUUUCAUGGCGAUCCUCAUGCAACAUUUGCAGCAUUUUUUGGAGGUUCCAAUCCCUUUGAAAUUUUCUUUGGAAGACGAAUGACUGGUGGUAGAGAUGGAGAUGAAAUGGAAGUAGAUGGAGAUCCUUUUAGUGCCUUUGGAUUCAACAUGAAUGGCUAUCCAAGAGACAGGAAUUCUGUGGGACCUUCCCGUCUGAAACAAGAUCCUCCAAUUACUCAUGAACUAAGAGUAUCACUUGAAGAAAUAUAUAGUGGUUGUACCAAACGGAUGAAGAUUUCUCGAAGAAAAUUAAAUCCUGAUGGAAGGAGUUUUAGAACUGAAGACAAAAUUCUUACCAUUGAGAUUAAAAGGGGUUGGAAAGAAGGCACCAAAAUUACUUUUCCAAGGGAAGGAGAUGAAACACCAAAUAGUAUUCCAGCAGACAUCGUUUUUAUCAUUAAAGAUAAAGAUCACCCAACAUUUAAAAGGGAUGGAUCAAAUAUAAUUUAUACUGCUAGAAUUAGUUUACGAGAGGCAUUGUGUGGCUGGUCAGUUAAUGUGCCAACAAUGGAUGGAAAAAGCAUACCUAUGAUCAUAAAUGAUAUUGUGAAACCAGGAAUGAAAAGAAGAAUUAUUGGAUAUGGACUGCCAUUUCCCAAAAACCCUGACCAGCGUGGUGACCUUCUAGUAGAAUUUGAAGUGUCCUUCCCAGAUACUUAUUCCUCAUCAUCAAAAGAAAUACUUAGGAAACAUCUUCCUGCCUCAUAGAUUGAAAAACUUUGUUACCCAUAUUUUGUUAAGGCACUGAAAAAUAAAAAGGACUGGGCAGUUUACAGAUGUAAAUGUGAAUUCUAUAUAAAGAUGUAUAAAUUAUUUUGAAGGGUUACUCAAUUACAUGAAUAGACGGGUCAAGUAAAUGGGCAUAAGUGAUUUUUACAGUUAAGAGAUGAAGGAAAAAAGCAUUCAUUGUGUUUCAUUUCAUUUCUCUCAAAUCAGAAAAAUUUAAUAAUUGAUUAUAUGUAAAAUUUGAUUUGUGGAGUUUGUAUAUAUUCUAAUGAAGUUACUAAGACUCUCCAAGUACUUUAUUUCUUGCAUUUUUACAUUAACAGUAUGAUUGGUUCUUGUUUAUAUUGCAAAUUUAAUUGCUUAACUAUAUAAAAAAAUAUGAUACCUGUUUCUAGAAGAGAAAAACCCCGAUCAUUUGGAAAUGCUAACUGUAUUUCAAUCUCCAUCUGAAAUGCUGCGUAGGCCUAGUAUCUAUUAUGCAAUACGUUUCACUAUUUUGAUUUUUAAAAGUAUGUAGUUGUAUUUCUUAAUUACAUAUUUUGUUAUGCUCUUAAGGUAGACCCGUUCUUGAUAAAAAUGAAAUUAAUGGCAAUUUAUCUCCUGUGGAAAUUUUAAUUGCCUGAAUUAUUUUAGAAAUAAGACCUUUUUAAAAAUGCCAAUGUACUUUUAUGCAAGUUGACUAUAUAUCUUGGGUUUAAUAAAUUAUAGGCACAUUUUAUUGUUCACUAGUUUAAUUUCUUUGAUAAGUAAAAUGUUUGAGGACAUGUUGCUACUUAGAAUUAAUUUUCCAAUUUGUAUUCUGUAACUUAUAAUAUGCUUAAAUGUAUUUUUAUGCAAUUUCUCUAAGAAGAAUGAACUGCCUACUAUGGUGUUAAAUCAAAAUAUGGAGAAAAUAAACACUUAACUGCUGCUUACAAAUGAUA